AUGGGUACUAUCGACUCUUGGUCAUCGAUUGAGGCAAUCAUAAGACAACGUUUGGAAUUGAAUGAAAUUGAUCGACGUUAUUGUGCCGUAUGUGGUCGACAAGGUCCAUCAUUGUCACGUUGUUUCGGUUGUCAGAUGGUUUAUUAUUGUGGUGAAGAACAUCAAAUUGAAGAUUGGUCUAAAGAACAUGCUCAAAACUGUACACAAUUAGAAUGGGUUGCAUUAGGAGAAUUUAUUCAAGCUUUACCAGCUCAACCACCAUUACCAAAUGUUGGUGAUAAAUGGCCAUUAUCAUUAAAAGAAAUUAACAAUUGGAAAAGUUGGUUUUCUAUACGAACAAAUAUUGUUAAUUUAGCUAAUAAUACAGCAAAUGUUUUGAAAAAUCUUAUACAUUUAACUGAUAAACGACAGCCAACUCAUCAAAAUGCAAUUGAUGGUCUACUUGCAGCGGUAACUGACCUUUUAACGCAUGUUCUUACGAUCGGCAAGGCUGUAGUUUAUUUUGGCCUUCAACCAAAUAUUCGUCCUCUUGUCAUUCAUAUACUUAGUGGUUUUAACAAAAUUGAUCUUGUUGGUAACAACCAAUCAUCACCAAAUUUACCCGCUCGUUUUCAUGAACUACUCAAUAUGUUUCCCGAUAAUAAAGGUGUUGAACUAGUCAUUGUGAUUGGUGACGAUAAUCAAGACGACACAGACGACUCGUCUAUACCACAUGCCAAGCUCAAACCCGAUAGAUUGAUUAUAACAACUACCGGCAAAGGUCGUCUUCUUGACACAUUUGAAGAAAAACGUUUACAGCAAUCAAUAGCUGAUCUUCUUGUUUAUUUUAAUGCUGCACAUCUUUUCCUGCCAUCGAAUAUAGAACAAUUAAAAUCAAUGCUGAGUAGACAACGUCCAACAUUAUUAACAUUUGAAGAUCAAGAAGAAUUUCAUCAAGCACAAAGAUAUUUAUCAACAAAAAGUGUUAAUGUUCAACAUGCAGGAUCUAAUCAAUUUAGUUCAUUGAUUAUUCGACAACGUCCAAACAAACCAAAUGCAACCUAUUCAACAAAUAGCUAUCAAAUAUUAUUAAAUACAAUGACUAUUAGUAGUACUGCUGAGAGAAAUGAUGAAAGUUCUUCAUUAUUAUCUCAUCAACGUUCUCAUCAAUCUUCCAUUGGAAUCCAACAUGGUCAUUCACAACAGCAACAACAACAACUCAAUCCCGGUCUGAAACAGGUCAAUGUUUCGACCGCGAACACGAUUACUACUGUUCAACCAUUGGUACGAUCAAAUAAUAAUAUACGUCAACCUACUCUAGUACAACGACGGCAUCAUUCUCCACCUACAUCAAUAUUAACAUCUCCUGCUAUUAAUACAACGACAUCAUAUCGUGCAACAAAUCCAACAACUGCUGAGAUGAUGACUACUACUGAAAUAAUCAGAAAUGAUCAUAAACCUCAACCAAAACCACGUUUAUCUCUAGUCAAAACAACGGAUAAUGAUACAGAUGUAACAAAAUCACAAAUAAAUGGUAAUCUUGUUCAACGUAUUAAACCAUUUUUUGAACAAUCAUCAACAAUAUCAUCACAAGAACCGAAAGUUAUCAAACAAGAGCGUCAAUCUGUUUCAAUUCCUUAUACAUAUCAAAAAGAAAAUAAUACCAAAGCCACAUGUCUUGAUGAUAUUAUUUCAUCCAAAACUGUAUAUGCCACGUCGUCACCACUGCCAUCACAACGAGUAGAAACUUAUACCAAUGGACGAAUUGUAACAAGUAGUGCAAUUAUUUCUUCACCAUCUUCAAUUGAAAUACCAUAUGAUGAACGUAUGACAAAGACCAAUACAGUUAACACUUUAAAUAUUUCUAAACCAACAAUUGAACGUCGUACUGAUGAACGAACAAUAAAAAUUACUACGAAUAGUGGUUCUUCGUCAUCGACAAUGCCAAUGGAAAUUCAUCACGAUCAACGAACUGUAAUGAGUGCUACUACUAUCGCUUCACCUCCUCCAUCAUCAUCACCAUUGUCAUCAUCCAUCGAGAAUCGUUCUAAUGAAAGAAUUGUCACAGCUACUAUUGUUAAUAUUUCACCAACGCUAUCACAACCAAUUGAAACUCACAUUGACAAAUCAACUGCUGUAAUGUCUAUCAUGAAAUCAAAUUCUCCACCACCACCACCACGACCACCAUUACCAGUCUCAACAUCGUCAUCUACUAAUAAUGAAAUAAUUUAUACUGAAGUCAUUAAAAAUCGUGAACGACCUUUAUCAUCUCAUCAUAAUGAUCUUGUAAAAUCUACUGUAAGUCCUUCUCGUUCAUUUAUUAUCCCAACUAAAUCACCAAGUAUUUCAUUAAAAAAUCCAUCAUUUAAUAUUCAGCGACCAUCUCGAUCACAAACAACAAAUAAUUUUAUAUCACAUAAUAAUAAAUCUAGAGCACCUAUUCAAUCAAUGAUGACACCUGAUCGAAUAAGUCUUUAUUCACAACGAAGUAAUAAACAAUCGGAUAUGGGUGUAACAAUAAAAAAUUUAUCUGAAUGUAUUGAUCGUGUUGGUGUUGUAUUUGAUGAAACAAAUCGUCGAAAUGAUGUACCAUCAACUGGUUUAACAACAGUAGAUCUUAUUCGUGAACAAUUAUCAAAUUCAUCGACAUCGAAAUCAUCUGGAUCUUUAUUAGAUAAAUUAUAUAAAUCGAACAGUAGUACUCGUUUAUCAACAUCAUCAUCAUCACGUGCAUCAAUGAGUAUAGCUUCUCCACGAUCAAAAUCUCAACAAGCAACAAAAACUCAUCAUGAACAACCUCCAGCAUCUAAACUAACUCCAACAACAAUCCCAACAACAACAUCACCGCCAUCAUCAACAGCUCAAUCAAUACGACGAACUGUUGGUGUCUUUCUUCCACUUACACCAAAAAAUCAUCAUGAAUCUGAACAAACAAAUUUAACCACAUCCGAACAAUCACCAGCAUUACUUUAUCAAAAUCUUGAACCACAUAAUUCAAAUUCAUCUCCUACUCAAAUUCUCGACUAUACACUUAAACAGCAUUCUGGUCCAGUAUGUAUUGGUAUACCAAAACCAUUUCGAAAACCAACUGCAAUUAUUGAACCAUCGCCUGUUGUAACAUCACCAAUAAGAAAUAUAUCUGAACCAAAUUAUAUUAAUCUUACACAUCAAGAUGAACAUAUUUAUACAAAUGAAAAUAGUACAGGAUUAACCGGUAGUAGUAAUUCAAAUUCCUAUACAAGUAAAACAUCAAGUAUAUAUUCAACAUCAGAUAAACAAAAUUUAAUAACAAGUUCUGAAACUCAUUAUGCAAUGUCUCAUAUACCAUCAACACAACAAGAACAAUCAGUUGAAUAUGAUUCAUUUGAUGAUGAAUUAGCUAUUGAUGAUAUUGCUAAAAUAGAAAAAUCUCCUCAUUCACAUGAUAAUACAGAUAAUGAUUCAUUUGAUGAUGAUGAUGAUGAUAAUGAUGAUAAUAAUAAUAAUAAUAAUAAUCAGUUAUCAAAUAAUCAAUCAAUAUCAUCAAAAAAUUCAUCAAAAAAUUUUUUUCGUUCAACAUUAAAUCGUUUAACACGAUCAAAUAAAUCUUUAGAACGUCUUAAUAAUGAAACAGUAACAAAUGAUUGUAUACAAGAAUUAAAUCCAUCCAAUAUAAUUGAUACGAAAACAAAAAAAACACUUCGUAGCAUAAAAGCACGACGUGAAGCUAAAAAAACUGGUAAUCUUUUAAUAACAUAUACAGGUGAUGAUGAUACAACAUCAAUUGAUUCUAAUUGCUCAACACAAACAUCAACAAGUUUGAAUAAAACAAUAACAACAAAAUCAUCAAAUAACCGUUUUCGUUUAUUUCGUCGUAAAAUUGAAAAAGAAUUUGCUAGUGACACUGAAGCUGAAAAACAUCAAACUGAACAACGACGAAAAAAAUGGAAUAAAAAAAUUCUUAAUGAUACAGCUAAUGAAUUGAAAACAAAACGUUUAUUAAUGAUGAGUGAUGAUGAUGAUGAUACUCAUAAUAAUAAUAAUAAUAAUGAUGAUGAUGAUGAAAAUAAUCAAAAUUUAAAUCAACAAAUAAAACAAAAUUUCAUUAAUGAUGAAACACAUAUUUAUGAUCAUAUUAUUAAUGAUGAAAUAAAUAAUAAUAAUAAUAAUAAUACUUUAUCUCGUAUGGGUAAAUUAUCACAUGAAACACAUUUAAAAUCUCCAACAAUAACACUUGAUGAAAUACGUUCAGAAAUUCAAGCUGAAAUAGCUGCACGACAAGAUAUACAAAUAAAUAAUCAAUCAAUACAAUCAUCAAAUUUUAAUUUACAAAAAAAACGUUCAAAAUCAGUUACAUUUCUUGAUGAAUUACUUGCUGAUGAUCCUAACCAACAACAACACCAACAACAACAAUUACAUAUGAUUACAAAAAAUGAUUUACAAAUAAAACCAUCAACAACAAUAAAACGUAUUGAAAAAGGUGAUGCACGAUCUAUAUGUGGUGCUUUAACGGGUACCGGACCUAUACGUGGUAUUAUUAAAGCAGCAAAUAAUGAUAUUACUGGUACAACAGCACCUGUAUCACCAUCAGCAGCAGCAGCUAUUUAUUUAAGUGGAACAACAAUUGAUACACGAUGUACAUCACCGAAAAUUAAUGAACGUACACAUCGACCACUUUCUACAUAUACAGUUGGUUCAGCUCGUUUUUAUGAUGGUGCACCAGUAGUACCAUCAACUCCUGCACCUGCACCACCUCUUCCAAGUCAUUCUUUUAAUCAAAAUAAUAACAACAAUAAUAAUAAUAAUAUACCAAAUCAUCGACCAAUAUUAAAUAAUUCUUCUCAUCAUUCAACAUCGAGUAAUGCUCAUUAUAAACGACCAACAGCAAAAGUUAGUCCGUUUCAAGCAAAAUCUCCUAAUGAAUCAUCAUCAUCAUCACCUAUAUCUGUAAGUAAACAGACAGCAUUAUCAUCAACAUCAAAGAAGUCAAUGCGACCAUCUACACAUAGAAAUAUGCAAACGUCACAUGAUAUAACUAAUGUAGCAAUAUCAUCGGUUAGUGAUGGUGUUGGCGGUGUAUCAAAACGAUUACAGUCCAAUUUCUAG